GGCCACUCCACCAUUCAUCGUGCCGUGCUGUGCUUCAUAAGUGCAUUUGAGUCGGCAACGCCAAUGGGUUUCUAACUGUAGCUCCUUGCUAUAAUAUUGCUAUUUGUACACCUGGUUAGCCAGGCCGCAGCAUUUCACUCUUCAAGCUUGCCCAAUUCCCAUUGCCUCCUCGUGUCUUCCAUCCUUGUAAACAGUAAAGAGAAAGACAAAGAUGGAGGCCAUCUCGGCAUACAGCUUUGGCAGCCUUGCCUGGUUGGGGCUGCAGUCGGCCCCACUCCUCCUCUGGCCAUCCUUCAUCAGCGGCAUGCUCAGUCCGGAAUACACUCCUACCAACGCCGCCGAGAUUUACUAUGCCCGCCAACUCGGGCUCGCCCAGCUGUGCGUGGGGUUGUUGACCGUGGUUCUCUCGGGGGCUCUACCCCUAACGUCCGCGGCGGAUGGCCCCGAAGGGUCAAUAUCGCCUUAUGCCGACGCAGUCGUGCUCGUGUCGACGCUCUACCACGCCGCCUCGGCCUUUUACAGCUACCUGCGCUUCAGCUUCAGCGGCGAGACGGGCUUUGCGCUGGGCGUGGUGGGGAGCUCGGCCCUGGCCGCCUUUGGGCUCUGGUGCCUCAUGUUCGCCGGCGACAAGGGGAGGCGGAGCAAGCGCACCGGCGCCGACAAGAGGACGAGCGGCUUCCCCUUCCGGAACGUGGAGGCGGACAAGAGGAAAGGCCGCUAGGGCUGGCGGCGGUCCGUCCUAUUACCAUUCACUCGUCGGGGGGACAGCACAGGAGAUAGGAUAUUGGUACAAUUAUCAACUCAUACCGCUGCUCUAUGAUAAUGAGACGCCGUUUUCCGUCCCGAGGCUGUGGUCAAAUGAUCCCGAACAAGGAUAAGACCAGGGAAGAUAGCAAGAGAG